AUGCUCUGCAGCGCCACAGCCAGUCGCAGCCCCGCGCGCCGUCGCGCGCCCCCACGCCGCCACCCGUCCGCGCGGCUCCCGCGUCGCUACGCCGCAGCCCCGCGGACUUGCGCGGUUGCGCCGCCAGCCAUCCAGGCGUCCUCACGCUGCCCAGUAGCAAGGGAGAUGCUAGAUGGGCAGGAAGUGGUGGUGGAGCAUGUCCAUGAUGCGGAUAAUGAGGCGAAGGAAUUAGGGGAGUGGUUCCCUUUUGAGAUCCAGGAUAAGGAGGGUACCACUAGGAUAAUUCUCACCAGGAGAGAUCAGAAGGAGCAAAUUGAAGUGGAGGUGUUCUUGCCGAGCCCUGCCGAUCCAUUGGAGCACAAUGGUCAGCAAAAGCACGAUACCAAAGAUGACAACAGCCAGGCUCAUGCUAUUAAUGGUCCUGCAAAUCAGUACUAUAUCCCACUGGUGGUGAAAAUUCACAAAGGGAUGGCUUCGUGGCUGGAGAUCAGCUGUAGAUCUUACCCUGAUGAACUUGCCAUUGAGAGCUUGGCAUUUGGACCGACGGAUGAGUCUUUUGAUUCAUCAAAUGUUGAAGCUAAGAUAUGUAAUCUUCCUGAGGAACUUCAGCAAGCAUGUUAUGCAUACUUGAAAAGUAGAGCCAUUUCGUCAGAUGUUACCAACUUCUUGCAUGCGUACAUGAUAAAUAAAGAGUGCCAUGAGUAUCUCGCUUGGCUGAGAAAACUUAAGGGUUUGAUUAAAAGUAAAUGA